CCACGUGACGUGACCAUGAUCACAUGACAGAAUCCGGACAUGGCGGAAUUGGACAGUUCAAAGUCUUUGACUGGCUUAUUGAAUGGAAUUACACAGUCGGUGUACUAUAACAACUUGGAGAUUACAGAAGAACUCUUGAAAAAUGAGCUUUACCCCGGUUUAUCGCAAGAAGAGUUUAAAGCGCUUCUGGAUAAAAUGAAGGGAGUGCUUAAGUCUGUUGCAUCUGCAGACAUGGACUUGAACCAGCUAGAAGUAUUCCUUACAGCCCAAACUAAAAAGCAAGGUGGGUUAAGUCCUGAGCAGGCCGCAGUCCUUUCCAAAUUCUGGAAGAAUCACAAAAGUAAGAUCAGAGACAGUGUCAUCAACCAAAACCGGUGGGAAAAUGCCUUGUGUAACAUCAGCUGGAGGGUAGACCUGAAAACACAGUCAAGGAAUAUGGAUCAGAUUAAUGUUCCUGUUGCUGUGGUAGAGCUGGAACUUGCCAAAAGUGGAAAGGAGUCGGAGUUUGUGUGCUUGGAAGUUGAUGAAGCAAAGGUGAACUACAUUUUACAAAACAUGGCAGAAAUUGAAGAUGGCAUCAAUGGAAUUGUGCACGGCAACUGAAAAGAGUUGAAAGAGAACAUUUGCUGUGGUAAUCCUGUUUAUAAUCAUCAUUCAUUAUAAUUUAGUUAAAAAAUAAAUAAAUAAAAUGGACAAUUUUGGAAA